AUGAGGGAAGCUUUAAUUUAUGUAGUGAAUAAGCUUCAGUCACACUACAUAUUUCAAGACGACACUUGCAACAAGGAAGAAAUAGCCAAUUCCAAGUUUUCCAACCUCUCUCCAUUCUUCGAUGAAAAUGGCACCCUUAGAGUUGGCGGAAGACUAAACAGAGCUUCACUUCCUUCCGAUCAACGACAUCCUAUUCUGCUGCCAAAGUGUCACUUCACUACUUUGCUUGUGGACUAUUAUCAUAAGCUGUAUUUACACCCAGGACCUGGUCUCUUGCAAGCAUUAAUUCAGCUUCGAUUCUGGAUACCUGCAUUACGAAGUCUCGUUCGUCAUCGCACAUUCAAGUGUUUGACUUGCUACAAAGACAAGGCAAAGAACCUCACACCCAGAAUGGCUGAUCUUCCUCCAUCAAGAGUAAAUCCGAGUAGAGCCUUUCUUCAUGUAGGUAUCGAUUUUGCUGGUCCAUUCCCCAUGAGAGAAUCUCAACGAAGGAAAGCGGCAGUCACUAAAGCCUACCUUUGUGUCUUUGUAUGUAUGGCUACCAAAGCCGUUCAUUUGGAAAUCGUCAGUGCGCUGAGUACAGAUGCAUUUCUGGCUGCUCUCAAUAGAUUUAUUGGUCGCAGAGAACUCCCCGAACAGUGUUACUCAGACUGUGGCACAAAUUUUCAAGGAGCUGCUAACAAGUUGAGAGAGUUUGGGUCUUGGUAUCGCCAACAGUCAACUCAAGAGGACAUACUUCAUCAAGCAACCAAAUUGGAAAUAAAGUGGAACUUUAAUCCUCCUUCAGCACCCCACUUCGGAGGUCUCUGGGAAGCUGCCGUGAAGUCAGCGAAGACACUUCUCCGAAGAGUGGCAGGUGACACACCACUCACAUAUGAGGAGCUCACAACUUGGUUUGUCAGAAUUGAAGCUGUUUUAAACUCCAGAACUGAAACUGAGAAACUAGAACUAAUUAGAACUAACUAA